AUGGCAGCCCAUAAGCGCAAACGAUCCGUCUCCGAGCUCUGCGCCUCGCCCUCAUCAGUCUCAUCCUUCGACUCGCCUCCACGCGUGAACAGCUCCAUCACCAAUCCCUUUACCAUCAUGGCUUCAGCACCUAUUCAUCUUCAUAGUCGAACUAUGAAGCGAUUUCGCGAUAAUAGACCUUCUGCUGAGAUGAUUCAUCAACGUACACUUAAUAUGCUGUACUCAGCGCAGAACCAGAAUCAACAUGAGGAAAGUCCAUCGGAACAUAUGCAAACGGAGGCGCAAACUACAAGACCCGAGUCAACGCAACAAUCCCUUCAUCGAUUCUGGAAUAUUUCUUCUGCGCCAUCCGCUUCGACUUCUACUCUCAACCAGACCGAAUUGGCACCUUCGAACUGCGACGAUUGUGGUGUAAGCUUGAACGGCGGCGACGAUGGCAUGGAAGUGGAUGGAUUCGACAAUGAGGAUCACUCAUGCGGUGCUUGCGGCAAGCACGUCUGUUUUAGCUGUUCUGUCAGCAACCUCGGCGAGCAGAAACGUUGUCUGCGAUGCGCAGGUCGAAACGUCACACCGAGUCACAAUACAGCGAACGGACAAACUGCGAUGGCUUUUUGA